AAAAUGUCGAGUUUUACGUGUCUGAAUUGCGGAGUACGCUUUGCGACGGCGGAAAUGCAACGAGAGCACUACAAAACUCACUGGCAUCGGUACAAUUUGAAGCGCAAACUAGCAGAGUUACCACCGGUUACGAUAGAAGAGUUCGAGAAACGUCUUAACCAACAAAAAUCAGAAGACGCAGCUGCCCUAGAAGACCAGUCGCUCUACUGCAAAGCGUGUCGUAAGGUGUUCAAAUCCAAAAAUGCCCACGACAACCAUCUGGACAGCCGGAAACACAAAGACAAUUUGAAGCUGUUCCUUGCCCAAAGUAACCCAACGAUUGGUGAUAGCAGCUCAGCAGCGAGCGCGAUGGAAACGGAACUGGAGGUGUCAGUUAAGUCGACGCGAGCUGCAACCCGGGCCGCUUCGGCGGCCGCAGCCGAUACGGAAGCUGAUGAAGAAAUGGGCGAUGAAGAUGACUCAGAUGGGUGGGAAGACGUGGAGUUUGAAAAUCCCAUCGAACGAAACGACUGCAUCUUUUGUCCGCAUCACAGUGACGAUCUGCUAGGCAAUAUCAAGCACAUGUCCAUAACGCAUUCGUUUUUUAUCCCCGACGCCGAGUAUUGCAUCGAUGUGGAAGGUCUGCUAACGUACCUAGCGGAAAAGGUUUGCCGCGACAACAUUUGUUUGUGGUGUAACGAGCGUGGCCGAACGUUCUACUCGAUGGAUGCGGUGCGCAACCACAUGAAGGAGAAGGGCCAUUGCAAAAUGCUGCACGAGGGCGCUGCACUGGCAGAGUAUGUAGAUUUCUAUGAUUACAGCAGCAGUUAUCCUGAUCACGAGGACGGCAUGGAUGUGGAUGCGGAACUGGAAACUUCGACGGCUCUCGAUGGGGACGAGUACCAGCUUGUGCUGCCUUCCGGCAAUGUGAUAGGACACCGCUCACUGUUGCGUUACUACAAGCAACGCAUUAACCCAAACCGAGCAGUUGUAGUGAAGAAAUCGACCCAAAAGCUGCAUAAGGUGUUAGCGCAAUACCGUUCCCUCGGUUGGACAUCCACGCAGCAGGAAGCUGCGGCACGGAACGCACGUGACAUGCAUGUCAUGAAGCGGCAGCAUGCCAAGCUAAUGCAGCAGGUCGGUGUAAAGGCGAACAAACUACAGACGCAUUACCGGCCGCAGGUAAACUUCUAAGUAACCUGUAGAUUGAUUCUAAUAAAAUAAAAUGAAUUGGAAUAG